AUGGAAAAGCCUUUUCUAUUUUGUGCAGUGAUCGUAGCAUUUGGAUAUACCGUGUUCGGUGCAUCAACCGAAGAAGAAGGUUUCCAGACAAACAGUGAGCGAUUCCGUCGUAUUGAAGAAAAAUUGCAAAAGUUAGAAACAGAAAAUAAAAACCUGCACAGUGUUGUUCAAAAACAGAAAAACGAAAUUUCAAUUCUCGUUCAGGAACAGAAAGUCCACCGACGGGAAAUAAACGAACUUAAACAUUCAUGUCUUAGAAAGACAACACGGAGAGAAGUGGCAGCUGAAACGACUGGAAAGUCUCAGCAUCCGUUAUUCGCAACCAGAAAUGCAACCAAAGAUGAUUUUAUUUCAUUGGACAAAUCCGAAAAAUGGCAUAAAGAUGGUGAAAGAAGAGAUAUUGGUGGAAAUCAAUACAAAAUUCGUCUUUCGAGAUUACUGGAAGGAGGUUCCAACUCAGAAACAGAAACAAACGACGUUGCGUUUUAUGCGUACAUGAGCAAAACCGAGGCUAUUAUACCACAUCAUACUCUUAUUUUUGAUCACGUUGAAACAAAUAUAGGACAUGCCUAUAGCCAACACAGUGGCGCGUUCACCGUACCAAUCAAUGGUGUAUAUAUUCUUUCAUACACUGUUUUUCCUAAUGGAUCAGGCAGUUAUGCCUCCGUAGAACUAACAGUAAAUAGCAUUUCACGGAAUAAGAUAUUUGUUGACAGCAGCUCCACAGACAACGAUCAUACCGGCUGUACUGGCUUUGCAGUACUGGCUUUAAAUCAAGGGGAUGUCUGCUUUGUUCGUUUACAUCCUACAUACCUUUCAAAGGGUAAUAUAGAAAGUGGUUCCCUUAUGCGAUCCUCUUUUUCGGGUGUUAAAGUGUAA